AUGACGGACCCUAAUCGUCCUCCUUUUUUCUCGUAUGGAUCCUAUCCAUCUUCAUCAGAUUACCAGGAGAAUGAGCCUGCAUACAGUGACUGGACAUCGUCUCAGUUCCCACAGUCACACUUUGGGCCUCAUAUCAAUUAUGAGCCGAUUCCUAGCUAUGUCGAGAACCCCGCAGGCCCCCGAAUCAGCACUGGCGAGCGAUCUUUGAACUCGAAAGUUGCCAUACCCCGGUCAGCAAACCCCAGUAGUUGGACCAGCAGCGGGCGAGUCAGUCGGGCGUGCGAAAACUGUCGUGAGCAGAAAGCCAAGUGUAGCGGCCAUCGCCCGACCUGUCAAAGAUGCCAGGAGUCGGGGAGUCGUUGCUCGUAUGGUGACCGGAAGCGAGAGAAGAUGGCCAAGCAGCUCAGUGAGCUGACAAACCAGGUUCAAACCUACGAGGCUUUGUUGCGCGAUAUCUAUCCAAAGUUGGAACCCCAGUCCGCGCAAUAUGUUGAACAGGUCCUGAACGAACAAAACCCCGACAACGACCAGUUCUCUGGCCAACAAACUGCAACGCCAUCUCCGGCUCUUAAAUUAUCUGAUGCCGCUCGUGUCUCAAGCCCCGCCGCUUCUACUCCAGUCUUCUCACUGGGGGCUUUAGAUUACACCAGCGAGGAUUUCAACCGUGAUGAGAAAAUUCAAGCCAUGGGCUUCGUCGGUGAACAUUCUGAGAUUGCCUGGAUUCACAGAUUGAAAAGAUUACUCGACCAGACCUCCGUCGCGGCGAGAGAUGAUUCGGAUCGUCAUUCGGUUGCUUCCGCGAAUUUUUUCCUCGAUGAUUCGGAUAUUACUGUUUUGGAUGAUAUCGAUCUCUCGCAACGACCCUCGCAAACGGUUGCUGAUCAGCUCGUGGACGAGUAUUUCCAAGUUGUACACCCUUCCUUUCCGAUUAUCGGCAAACUUGUCUUUUUGAGACAGUAUAGGUCAUUCUACUCUAGUCCUCACGGGGCCAGUGGGGGUGUCUCGGAUGGUGAAACACUAUACUUCUCGCGAGCAUGGCGACUGAGCAUGAGUGACAUUGCUCUGCUGGAUCAUCCAAAUCUUCAGCAGGUGCAGGUGGAGGGUCUGACUUCAUUCUACCUGCUAUCUGUGGGACAGGUGAACCGUAGCGAUGAUUUCCGCACUACUCCUCCGCCGGUACCUUUCAAAGAGGAAGAUUUUUCGGAUGAUCGGGUGGUUCAACUGAUUGCUGAUCACGAGGCUCGGGGCGUGUUCAUGGAAGCUCUAGGCAAGGCAACGGCGGAAACGGCAUUGACACCAGAGAUAUCUGACCACCACCUGUUCAACGCGAAUAGAGAAUGUGAGCAAGUUGCGUCCAGUGCCAUCGAAUCACUAACACCGAAUAUCUCGCUAUACUUUCUCCACAACGUCGAGUUAGGAAUGAUACUGCGAGAGUCUGUUGACACACUGUAUGCUCCAGGAGUCGCUCGAAAAUCUUGGCGUGAUAUUGAGCUAGCCGUUGCUGCACUCAACUCCAAGGCAGACGUUUGGCUGUCCAGGCUUCCGCCCGCAUUUCACUUCGAGACAGGCGCCCGUGUAUUCGAGCGGCAGAGGUUGAACUUGGCAUUUCGCUUUUACAGCACCAAAAUCAUAAUAGCCCAACCCUGUCUUAGCCGCCUCACUCGGCAGGCUCCCGGGUCAGAGCCACUCGGAGUUGCGUGCGAGGCGAUGGCGACCAUGUGUGUCGAUUUCGCGGGGCAGAUGCUCGAUCUUCUUCCUACCAUACCCGAGCCCUCCUGGGUCUACCGUGUCUCUCCCUGGUGGUGCUUUUUGCACUAUCUGAUGCAAUCAACCACCGUUCUUUUAACUGAGCUAUUACUCGUGGCAGAAGUGGGCACCGUCAGAUACAACCGACUGCUAGAACAAGUUUCCAAAGCGACUCGCUGGUUGUCAGAAAUGUCGACAAACGAUCCAUCUUCUGCAAGAGCGUGGCUCGUUUGCAGAGAUCUCAUCUCUCAACGUGCCCCAGAGCUUGACCUCCGAGCCUUUUCAGAACACCACAGAAAUUGA